CCGUGCGCCCGUGCGGCUGGGGCUGCCGCGGCCGAGUUCCGGGAGCCCUCCCUGCCAGCUGUCGGAAGCUAGCCCACCUUUGGCAGAGGACGGAAUGGAGACUCCGGUUUCCGUCGGAGCCGGUCCCUGAUAACUCUGCUGCUGUUGUAUACAGUCAGAGCAGCGACCUGGUUCCUUCAUCAACGCAGGGCGUGCCCCUACCCCCCGCCUGUGCCAGGCCUUGAACUUGGCACUGUGAGGUCUUUGGAAGAUCUAGGGUAUCAUGGAUCUGCCUUCGGAUGAAUGGAAAUACUAUGUACUUCACAAAUGGUCUUUACUCCCCAAGACUACUCAGGUCACAAUUUCUACCGCAGAAACUUUGAGUGAUAUCUUUCUUCACACUUCUUCCCUUCUUCAACCCAAGGAUGAGAUGGUUUUAAAAAGACUUUCUGGAAGUUACUUGGUCAAAAAGGACUACGAUGCUCCCCUUUUCUACAGAGAAGAAGGAAACAGAAAGUUCCAGGAGAAGGAGUACACGGACGCCGCAGUGCUGUACUCUAAGGGAGUUUCACAUUCAAGGCCUAACACUGAGGAUAUUUCACUGUGCUAUGCCAAUCGCUCUGCAGCCCUCUUCCAUCUGGGUCAGUAUGAGAUAUGUCUUAAAGACAUCACCAGAGCGCAGAUGCAUGGGUAUCCAGAAAGACUGCAGCCUAAAAUGAUGUUGCGUAAAGCAGAAUGCCUGUUCAGCCUGGGGAGACUACAGGAAGCAAAUCAGACCAUCAGUGACCUUGAAAAUAACCUCGCUGCCACACCAGCCCCGGCAGCUGCCUCCUGUCAUAUUCUGCAGAAAACCCUCCGUCAUCUGAAAAUGCAGGUACAAGACAAGGAGAAGCUCCCAGAACCCUUCCCGGCAGCUCUCACCGAAGCCUUUGAGGAGAUGGACCUAGGGGAAGAGAGCAAACAAGUCUCCAAUGCCGCACCUUCUGUCAGCUUGUGCACAGACCCUCUAAAGGGUCGCUGUCUGGUGGCCACAAAAGAUAUUCUCCCAGGAGAACUCCUGGUGAAGGAAAAUGCUUUUGUCAGUGUCCUCGACCCAGGAGAAAUGCCACCACUGCAUCACAGCCUAGAAAGCAAGUGGGAUACCAGAGUUACCACUGGGGACCUCCACUGCCACCGGUGUCUGAAGCACACUUUGGCCACAGUGCCCUGCAGCGGAUGCAGCUACGCAAAGUAUUGCAGCCAGGAGUGUAUGCAGCAGGCCUGGGAGGGCUACCACGGCACAGAGUGCUCUCUGGGGGGGCUGCUGCUCACGCUCGGUGUCUUUUGCCAUGUUGCCCUGAGAUUGACUCUUUUGGCUAGAUUUGAGGAUGUUCACAAAAUCGUAAGGAGGCUGCGUGAUGAGAUUGGUAACAAGGACUUCUUACCUGAAAACAAGAACCUGGUCAAGACAUCUAAUUACAGCCAGGGGGAAAGUGAGGAGAGUGGCAAAAGCGAUGAGAUCCUAAUUCCCGGAUGUGAUGUUAAUGGGAAAUACGAAAGUAAUUACAAUGCUGUUUUCAACCUUUUGCCCCACACUGAGAAUCAUAGGCCAGAGCACAAAUUCCUGUGUGCACUCAGUGUCUUUGCCCUGUGCAAGCAGCUCGACACAGGUAGCCCUCGGGUGCUCAGCACGGGCUUGACACCCCCCAAGCUGAAAGGAGCAGCGACCCCCGGGUUGUGUGCAGAUUUGACAGUCUGGGGAGUGGCCAUGCUGCGACACAUGCUGCAGCUCCAGUGCAAUGCUCAGGCGAUAACGUCCAUGCAGCACACAGGGUCUAAAGAGAGCAUCAUUACGAACAGCAGGCAGGUGCGCCUUGCCACAGGCAUCUUCCCCGUUGUCAGCCUCCUGAACCACUCCUGCAGCCCCAACACCAGUGUGUCCUUCACCAGCACUGCCGCCACCGUCCGGGCAACACAGCAGAUUAGAAGAGGGCAAGAGAUUCUCCACUGCUACGGACCCCAGGAGAGCCGGAUGGGUGUUGCAGAAAGGAGGCAGAAGCUGAGGUCUCAGUACUUCUUUGACUGCAGCUGUGUGGCCUGUCACUCUCAGGAGCUCAGAGCAGCUGCAGAGCCCAAGUGGAAUGCCUUCCGCUGUAACAAGUGCAGAACACUCAUGCAGGGAGAUGAUGUGCUGAGCUGUGGCAACAGAUCCUGUAUGAAGUUCUUCCACAGGGACCAGCUAGUCUCUCACCUACAGGACCUUCAGCAGCAGGUUGCCUUAGCCCAGAAGCUUCUCAGAAAUGGUAACCUAGUCAUAGAACAAGCCAUUCUACAGUUGUUGGGGUGCCGUCAAGAUGCUGAGAGCUUCCUGUCUGCCGAGCACACCAUGGUGGGGGCAAUAGAAGAUGAUUUGGCCCAAGCCUAUGCUGCCUUAGGAGACUGGCAAAGGUCUGCCACCCAUCUGCAGAAUAGUCUCCAAGUGGUUGAGGCCCGCUAUGGGCCAUCCAGUAUUGAAAUGGGCCAUGAGCUCUUCAAACUGGCCCAAAUCUUAUUCAAUGGGUUUGCAGUACCUGAGGCUCUGAGCACCAUAGAGAAGGCAGAAACGGUCCUCUUGGUACACUGUGGUCCUCAGAGCGACGAGAUCCAGGAGCUCCAGGAGAUGAAAUCCUGUUUAUUGGACUUGCCACCCAUUCCUGUGGGGCCUUUGGUAUAGCCUAUAUGAUGAUCUGUCAUCACAAAGGGCAAGACUGACCCACAGACCCGAACUUAGUGUGUGACAGCAAGAAGGACUCCAAACCAUGACUACUGGAGAGACACGCACCUGUUCUGAUGGAUGUUGCUUGAAGUAGUUAGCAGUCCUCUAAUAAAAACUCCAGUCCUCAGGGAAGACUGGCAACUAGUACCUGAAGGCUGUUCUCCAGGUGGCUGCAUGCUAGCCUGGGGUUUAGGCUAGAUUCCUUUUUUGUUUUUUGAGGCAGGGUUUCACUCUAGUCCAGGCUGACCUGGAAUUCACUCUGUAGUCUCAGGGUGGCCUCAAACUUAUGACGAUCCUCCUACCUCUGAUUCCAGAGUGCUGGAAUUAAAGGCGUGCGCCACACCAUGCCUGGCUCUAGAUUCCAUUUCACUAAAUGAUGAGAGUCUAUUUUCCAUGGAACAUUUCCUAUGGUUUCUAGUAGUAAUGAAGUGCUAUGUACCACUCCAAUGGGAACUUAAACUCCUAGUAGUUGUAGUAUUGUAUUUGGAAAAUAAUUAUGCUACUAGAAAUCACUAUGGCUUUUACCCCAAGAGACACACAUUCCACUUAGAGUACCCUGCUUCCUCAAAUCCCUCACUAAAACUGGGGGAGCAGAACUUGACAGCACACCAAGAAAUGCGGGGCCGCUUUAUUGCUGGGCAGUUUGUUCCUGGGAUGGCAACUCGGUAUGUUUCCUUUCAGCUUCCACUCCUUAUUCUCUGGUUUCCAUUAACUCAUCUUGUCAGAUUCGUGGUGUAAACACUAAUAAAAUCAUGACUGUAUAA